UUUAACGGCCUCAUACACCUACCAUCGGCAGCCACAAGUUAGUUACUACAAUUAACAAGCAUACGCAAAAACGAAGCAGCAGCUCUAACACAGAGAUGAUGAAAACAUGCGCAUGCCUUCACACUUCCUCUUAUUCUUCUUCACUACCAUUAUUACCAUCAACAUUUCUAUUUCAACAACAACAACUACGCUAUCAUCAUUUUCUCAAUUUUCGCUCCUUAUCUCUUAACGCUACACCGCGCGAAAUUCAACUUCAACUCUCUUCCUCUAACGACGCCGUUUUAUCACAAAACCCUACACCGCCGCACAUAGAAGAACCACCUCCUCCAACUCCACUUGUUCUCUCCGGUGACGAUAAAACUACUACUAAUAAUAAGCUUAAAAAAAAGAAAGACAUAAACGACGAUAACAGUAGCAACUUCGAUAACCGCUUCAAGCUCCGUAACGGUAAAGAGGUUUUUGAAGAGAAAGCUUAUCUGGUUGGUGUUGAGCGUAAAGGUGAUGUGAGUGAUUCUUUUGGUAUUGAAGAUUCUUUGAGUGAAUUGAAACAGUUAGCUGAUACGGCUGGACUACUGGUUGUUGACUCUACAUAUCAGAAGCUUGCAUCUCCAAACCCUAGGACUUACAUUGGCUCCGGCAAAGUUUCUGAAAUUAAGAGUGCAAUCAAUGCAUUGGAUGUUGAAACUGUGAUAUUUGAUGAUGAGCUAUCAGCUGGGCAAUUGCGCAACCUAGAAAAGGUUUUUGGGGGAGAUGUGAGAGUUUGCGAUCGAACUGCUCUCAUCCUUGAUAUAUUUAAUCAGCGAGCAGCAACACAUGAAGCAUCUUUACAGGUUUCAUUAGCGCAAAUGGAAUACCAAUUACCUCGUCUAACAAAAAUGUGGACUCAUCUUGAGCGUCAAUCAGGAGGACAGGUGAAAGGAAUGGGUGAAAAACAAAUAGAAGUGGACAAACGUAUUUUGCGUAACCAAAUUGGCGUUCUUAAAAAAGAGCUAGAAUCUGUUAGGAAACAUCGAAAGCAGUAUCGUAAUAGGCGUGUCUCAGUACCUGUGCCAGUGAUAUCUUUGGUCGGAUAUACAAAUGCUGGUAAGAGUACGCUUUUAAAUCAAUUAACUGGAGCAGAUGUUCUUGCUGAGGAUAAAUUAUUUGCAACUUUAGAUCCAACUACAAGGAGGGUACAGAUGAAGAAUGGAAAGGAGUUUCUCCUAACAGACACUGUUGGUUUUAUUCAGAAGUUACCUACUACACUAGUUGCUGCCUUCAGAGCCACACUCGAGGAGAUAUCAGAGUCAUCACUUCUGGUUCAUGUUGUUGAUAUCAGUCACCCCCUGGUUGAGCAACAGAUAAAUGCUGUUGACAAAGUUCUGUCAGAACUAGAUGUAUCAUCAAUACCAAGAUUGAUGGUCUGGAAUAAGAUUGAUAAGGCUAGUGAUCCCCAGAAAAUCAGGCUAGAAGCUGAAAAAAGAGAUGAUGUUGUAUGCAUAUCUGCUUUAAGUGGCGAUGGCUUACAAGAAUUCUGUGAUGCAAUUCAAGACAAACUAAAGGACUCAAUGGUAUGGGUGGAAGCUUUGUUACCAUUUGAAAAUGGGGACCUUCUCAGCACCAUACACCAAGUUGGAAUGGUUGAGAAAACUGAAUAUACAGAGCAAGGGACAUACAUUAAGGCUCAUGUGCCCCUACGUUAUGCAAGAUUGCUUACACCUAUGAGGCAACUGUGUGUAUCACGACCUUGACUUUCUUACAUGUGUGUAUAAUUUUAUUUAACAUUAACUUUCAUAUAUCUGUCAUUCGGUGGUGUAUAAAAUGAUUAAUACAGUUUAGCCUCAGUUAUGAUUGAGGCCAUGGGUGAGAAACACUUGGCUUGCAGCAUAACAGGUCCCAUGUAAAGCUGUACAUAUGUAUGUAAUUAUUGAAGGACUGAAGUCAUAAUCAGAUUAGCAAGCCCUUGAAAAUGUUGACACCUUGAAGGAUGGCAAUGCAAAGUGUGUUUGCACUUUGCAACCACAGUUUAUCAUACAUAUUCAGCCCAA